AGCAAAGCAAAACAAACUCCUUUCCUCAUCUCCCACAACCCCUCGCCACUGCCACCACGCAAGAGAUGGAACGUGCGGCCAACUCGCAUCUUGGUUUUUUAAUGAGCAGAAACCACACCAAUUCAGAGCCGUACCAGCUAAAAACCAAAAUGGGUUUUUCUUGUUUGAUACUUGUCUUUGUUGUCCAACAAUUUUUUGGUCAAAGUUCUGCAUAUUUGUUGAUUCAUGGUGAGCCUACCAACUACGUUUCUGCCGUUGGGGACCCUGGAAUGACGAACCCAAACGUCAGAGUUGCUUUGGAAGCUUGGAAUUUCUGCAACGAAGUUGGCUUUGAAGUUCCUAACGUGGGCAGCCCCCGCUGGGCUGAUUGUACUGAUCUUUACUGCUCUUCUGACUUCGUUUAUCUGGGUGGCGGCCUUGUUAAUAAUGGCAGUCAGUGCAGAGUACUUCACAAAGUGAAUGAAACUGACAACAGGUUAGGAGCUGGUGAUAAAUUUCCUAUAAUGGGCUUUGAGUCUUAUGCUGACCCUGACCUGUUUGCAAAGGAGAAAGAACUGUAUCUCGGUUCUUUAUGUGAGGUACAGGAAUCCCCAAAUCCCUGGCAAUUUUGGAUGAUCAUGGUUAAAAAUGGGAAUUUUGACAAAAACACUACUCUCUGUCCAGAAAAUGGACAAAAAGUAAGUAAAAUAGUGACAGACAGAAAAUUUCCGUGUUUUGGUGAGGGAUGUAUGAAUCAACCAGUUGUUUACCACAAGUACUCAAUGCUGGGUGGCAACCAGAAGGUUUAUUUAACUGGAGAAUUUAAUGGAACAUAUGACCUUGAUGCCAACUUGGGUGAAAAUGUGGGCAACAACUCCUUCUUUUCAGUCUCAUGGAAGAAGAAUACUAGCACAGGAAGCUGGAUUUUUUCUCACAGGUUGACAACAUCAACUAAAUAUCCCUGGCUAAUGUUAUAUCUACGUGCGGAUGCAACGGAAGGAUUUAAUGGUGGUUAUCACUAUAAUGGACGUGGCAUGUUGAAAAAGUUGCCUGAAUCUCCAAAUUUCAUGGUAAGGCUGACACUUGAUAUAAAACUUGGAGGAGGACCCAACAGUCAAUUUUAUCUACUGGACAUAGGAAGUUGUUGGAAAAACAAUGGAGAACCAUGUGAUGGCGAUGUUCUGACAGAUGUGACUCGAUACAGUGAGAUGAUUAUUAAUCCAGAAACUACAAGCUGGUGCCGCCCUGAUAACUUGGUUUCCUGCCCACCUUACCAUUUUAGUCCCACUGGUGAGAUAAUAUACAGAAAUGAGACAGAUCGGUUUCCAUAUUCUGCAUAUCAUCUAUAUUGCAGCCCAGGAAAUGCUAAAUAUCUGGAGAAGCCAUAUGAUAUAUGUGAUCCAUAUAGCAACCCACAAUCACAGGAGUUAGUACAAAUUCUUCCACAUCCUGAAUGGGCUGUGCAUGGCUAUCCUGAAAAGAAAGGAGAUGGAUGGAUUGGGGACAGAAGAACUUGGGAGCUUGAUGUGGGUGCUCUCUCAAGCCGUUUAUACUUCUAUCAGGAUCCAGGAACAAAACCCGCAAGGAGGAUCUGGUCUUCAAUCAACAUUGGCACGGAAAUAUAUGUGAGCCGCACAAGAGAGACUGCAGAGUGGAGUGUAAGUGAUUUUGAUGUGCUUCUUCCUAAAUUUACACACAAAGCUGAUAGCUCCAGUUCCUACUAGCUUUUGACCAUGUCUAUAAGACAUUGUGUUUGAUGAGAUUGAGAGUCAAUUGAAAAUACCAGUACUGAGCAGUGGGGCUUGAAGAACUCUGGUGGACGAUAAUAUUUACUUACAUUUCAAAAUGUAGAUUCUUCUAGAGUUUCUUUGUGCUCACUCACAUUAUUAUAAUUUUGUCCUUGGGCAUACAUAUGAAUGAUGCAAAUAUAUUUAAAAAGUAAAUUACACAGAUAGUCAUCCAA